AUGAACAAACUCAAAAUUGCAAUCGAAGGAUGUUGCCACGGAGAAUUAAAUAAAAUAUACAAAUCGAUACCCAAAACAACAGACUUACUACUAAUAUGCGGAGAUUUCCAAGCACUAAGGAAUGAGUCUGAUUUUCAAGCAUUAAACGUUCCUGAAAAGUAUCAACGUUUAGGAGAUUUUCAUCAAUACUACAAUGGAAAUAAGAAAGCACCAGUGUUGACUAUAUUUAUAGGUGGUAAUCAUGAAUCAUCUAGUUAUUUACAAGAACUUAAAUAUGGGGGUUGGGUUGCUCCUAAUAUUUAUUAUUUAGGACAAUUUGGAAGUGUUUGGUACAAAGGUUUGUUGAUCAGUGGAUGGAGUGGAAUUUUUAAUAAUUACACGUUUUUGAAUAGUGAUGGAAGUACAAUGGAGAAAUUACCUUUUGAUUCAAGUUCAAUUAGAAGUGUUUAUCAUCAGAAACUAAUUAAUUUUGUAAAAAUGUAUUUACUCGGACGUGGAUCAGAUAUUAUACUAAGUCAUGAUUGGCCAAUUGGAAUUGAAAAAUUUGGAAAUAAAGAAUCAUUACUAAAGAGAAAACCAUUUUUUGAAGAAGAUAUUGACAAGGGUGAGUUGGGAAGCCCAUUAAAUGAAAUUUUAAUUCAUCAUUUGAAACCAAGGUAUUGGUUCAGUGGUCAUUUACAUGUUAAAUUUGAAGCAAAUAUAAAUCAUGAUGAGAAACUGAAGCAACUACCAAAGAAGACUAUAAAUAAGAAUGAAAUUGAUUUAGACAUGGACGAUGAUGAAGAAGCGGAGGAGGAAAAUGUCACAAAAAAAUUGAAGACUGGUCAAAAUAAUGACACUAUUUUCGUUGCAUUAGAUAAAGUUGGUAAUAAACGGAAAUUUAUAGAAAUCAUAGAUAUAGAAAUCAAAAAGCAUCACCCAUCACUAAAUUCAGAUAAGUGCUAUUACGAUAAGAGAUCAAUAGCUAUCAAUAAAAUAAUAGAAUCAAAAUUUACAAAGUCUAACCUAAGUCCACAAUCAACUUUGAGAAACCAAGAUUCAUUAAAAAAGUUUAUACCAUUGAUUCAAGAAGAAAUGUCAAAACUUGAAAAAUUAGAUGAUGAUGAAUUUAUGAUACCUGAAAAUUUUGAGAUUAUUGCACCUGUUGAUUUCAGUGAAGAUUUAAAAUAUUUUCCAAGUAAUCAAACUGAAGUGUACUGUGAGAAAUUCAAUAUGCCUAAGUUGGAGUUAGAUUCUGGAAACUAA